AAGCAAAACCAACCUGCUGCCCUUCAGACCAGGAACUUGCAGUGCAGAGAGUGCAUGCAAACUAUAGCUAUAGACUAGUGGUUUGUGGUUGUCUACAGACACAGAAUCUGGAAAGUUUAUGUUUCCGCUGCGUCAUUUCACUUCAUUGUAGGUGUGGUAAAUGCUUUCUUCCAUUGGCUGAUAUAAUUGAGACCAAACCCCAAGUAAAACGGAAACUGGAUUCGUAACGUAGCUGAGCCAGUGAAGAAACAAGUAUCUCAGUAGCUGUAUAGAUCAUUCAACACGAACAAUAUACAGCUAGAGAGCAGGAUCGUUUGUCUCCAGCAUCUGAUCUGAUGUCUGCUGGAGAAGCCAGUCUGGUUAUGUGGAUUGCUACAUAACAUUUUCUAUUUGAUGCUGAUACGUGACAUCCUUAUGUGAGCAAACAGGAAAAUGCUUUCGCGUGCUUAAACAGGGGAUUUACCACUUCCUUUACUGAUACCUUUUACUUUCUGCUGAAGUGAAAGACGGAAUUGUGUUCAGAUCAGCUUCGCUUAUUCUCGGUGGUCUGACCAGACUUAAAAGAGGUUACACAGUCCAUAUCCAAAAAUGGAGAGUUCAAACACCAGUAUCUGUGUGAUCAACGACAACAUGGUGCCCUUCGCCACAAUCUACAUCCUCAUCUUCCUGAUUGGAAUGGCUGCGAGCCUGGUGGCGCUGUGGGCCUUCAUAACCAGCCGCAGUGCUAAAAAGUGCAUUAAUGUUUACCUCAUCAAUCUUCUGACGUCCGACUUCCUCCUCAUGUUGGCAUUACCUGUCAAGAUUGCCAAAGACCUGGGCAAUGAUUCUCUGAGUUUGACAAUCUUUCUCUGCCGAGUGAGUUCACCGCUCAUCUACAUCAACAUGUACGCCUCUAUUAUCUUUCUAGCUUUUGUCAGCGUGCAGCGCUAUCUCCAGAUCACCCGCAGCUCCAAACUGCUGCGAUUGCAAGAAGUGGGCUUUGCGGUGCUGAUGUCUUCAGUGGUCUGGUUCCUCGUGCUCUUCAUCAACGUGCCCAACAUGGCCAUCCCUAUCAAAGAAAACGUUGAAGACAAAGUUGGCCUAACAUGUUCAGACUUAAAAGGUGAUAUGGGCAAACACUGGCACGCAUUGUCUGUGUUUCUGGGCAUGGCCAUCUUCUUCAACUCCUCUGUAGCGGUGCUGUUGUCCAAUGGCCUGGUCUUGAAGCGGCUCUGGGGUCGGCGUGAAUCUGAACCUGAGGAACAGGCUAGUGCCCAACAUGCCUUCAUUAACAUCGCAUUGGUGACCUUGGCAUAUGUGGUGUGCUUUGUGCCGUACCAUGCUGUGCGUAUGCCGUACACAUUUACGCAAAUAGAGGUCAUCAUAACCGAAUGCUCAUUAAGGAAGAAUCUGUUCCUGGCUAAAGAGUCGACCCUGCUUCUCGCCAUCCUGCACCUGUGCUUCGAUCCAUUGCUGUACUUUGUCAUCUGCCGUGCAUUCAGGCAUCAGAUCACGAAGGCCUUCUCAAAGAGAGGAAGUGUUCCGACCACAGACACAGAGUGAAAAUUCAACCGGAGGAGAGUUGUGGACCAAGUGGUGCAAAAUCAUUUACUGAAUGUCAAUGUCAUGU